AUGAGCCUUUUGAACCAGACCCUGCGCAACAUAGCUCCCCGGAUCACCGCCCACGGGUUGCGGUUCGCCAGCGUGCUUGCGCCUAUGAUGCGAAGCACCACCACUACAUCCGCCACAGAGAGCUUCCACACUGGGUACCCUGAACUACUGGCAGACCCGAUGACCCCGCAGAUCAUGGACGAAAUCCAGUACAUUCUGAAAGACGCCGGAAGCAAAGAAUACGAGCCCCCUAAAACCCCAGCCGAGGAAACCGAGGAGCUACUACGCGACCUGCAAAGCGCUGUCGAGGUCGCCACCGGCAUGGUCGAGACAUUGUCACAGAGCACACAGCCCAUUACACAGCCCACAGAGGACUCCCAGAAGCUGCACGUGUCCCGGAUUCUGUCAGUGCGGGACGAGCCCAGGGCUGGCGGAAAAACGAUUGAGCUCGAGAUCAGUCCGGCCGACCUACAUCGGUUUUUGGGAACACAGGCUGUAGGUGUUUUGGGCAAGCACCGGCCGAGCAUGCCUGCUGGAUUAGGUAAGCAGGGGACUGCCGACAGGAGAUUCGCCAGUGCGCGCGCCUUAGCAUGCACAAACUGCCGGUUCGCGUCGUCCUGCUCGAGGGCCAUUAGCUUCUCCGAGUCUUGGUCCAUGGACCAGCACUGCUUGGCCCGGAAUGGCGUGAUGAGGGUGCGGGGCUCGCAGAUUCUGGACCAGAUCGAUGACCGCAAGGCGCUGAGGUGGGCGAUGGCCAUUGCCGGGCUGCUCGGCCUGGGUACAGCUGUGGAGUGGGCAACCGGCCAGACUAUGCACGAGCUUCGGAGCCUGCCGUGUCUGGGCGGGAUCCCUACCACGACUAUCAGCAAUAUAAUGUUCUGUCUUUGA